UAGAUAAGUUAUUUCAUAGUAAGAGAGCGAGGGAAAUACUGAUCUAAACCCUAGAAAACUCAUUGACCGGCUGAAUCGCCGAUUUCCAUAAGAUCCGGUUUCACGGCUGAGAAAAAUGGGGAUCAUCGCAUCAUCCACGAUUCUGAAAACGGGGGAUUCGAAGUCCAAUUCUGGAUACCACCAAAUCCCGGCGGAGAGACGGAGAGCUCAUCAAGAAGCGCUGGCGAAUGCUACUGUUGAUCUGAUAGCCAGGGAGCUCGAUGUCUUAUUCCCGCCGAAACUUGGAGAUACGUCAACUGAUCCACCAAAAGAAAUUGACACAACAAAGAGGGAUGAGGAAAUAGAAUUGCGGUUUUGCGAGUUUAUGAAAGAGGGUGGUUGCAAGGAAUCAUUUACAGCUUUGAAAAAUUGUGUGGAUGAAGCUCAACGUUACACUGAAACGUGUCAUAAACUCUGGCCUAGGCUGAUCAAGUGUAUGCAUGCUCACUCUGACUACUAUCAGCCGAUUCUCGCUCUUAAGAAAGCUUGUGAAGAACAAAUUUUGAAGGAUAUCUUAUCCAUCGGCUUAUCGGAAGGGGUCUUAUCGGAAGAGGAUGUUGCGACUAAGCAAGCUGAUGGAUUUUGGUAAUUAUUCUUGUUUACGUGAAUAAUCAAUAUUGGAUUUGGGAAUAAAUUGUUCUUAGGGGC